GUCCUGCCGCAGAACGAAUCCAACAGCGGCCGCAACUAUCUGUGCUGGAACCUGGCAAGUAAUCUGCUGAUCAAAACUGAUAGCUGGAAUAGUUUCAUGUUCGUUCAGUGGUGUACAGAGCUUCACAGAUAGCCUUGCGUGGUUGAGUUCCCGGACAUGGAUGUGAAGCCGGUGCUUCUCGUCAUUGUAUGGAUGCUAGCCUCUGCAGCUUGCAAUCCCAAACAAAGCCUGGUUGCUGAUUUGUUUCGAACUUACGACAAACGUGUUGAACCCUUUGGUCCUAACACCACCCUGGAUGUGAGGAUGGACCUCACCCUUGUCGAGAUAUCUGGUAUCGACGAGAAAAAGCAAGUGCUAACUACAAACUGCUGGAUAUCUUUGAGAUGGAAGGAUGCAUCAUUAGCAUGGCAACCAGAAAAACAUAAGAACGUAACAGAGAUCCGUGUCCCAGCUGACGCCAUAUGGACGCCUGACUUGAGAAUUAAAAACUCAGCCGAAGGUAAUCAAAUAUCGACAAGCGGAAUAAACAACGCCAUUCUGAGGUCAAGUGGAAACGUAGUUGUGCACUACCAGGUCAUCUUGAAGACGUCGUGUAUAAUCGACGUUGCAUCCUUUCCCAUGGACCAACAAGAAUGCCGGAUGAUGUUCGAGUCGUGGACAUACAAUGGCGAUCAACUCAAUAUCUCAAAUGGUGAACAAGGGGCAGCAUCCUUAUCUGAAUACAUUCCCAAUGCGGAAUGGGUGCUGAUCUCAUAUACAAACGCCCGGCAGGUCCUGCAUUACACAUGUUGCCCGGAGCCCUACAUUACAUUAUUGUACACAAUGACCCUGAGACGACGGCCCCUGUUCUUCCUGAUGUAUCUCAUGAUGCCCUGCCUCAUCAUCACAUUGGUGGCUGUGCUGGGACUCCUGGUGCCGAACGAAUCUGGAGAGAAAAUAUCUAUUGGAAUCACUUCUCUUCUGGCAAUGAUAGCGUUGUUGCUUGUUAUUUCAACAUUGCUACCACCGACGUCGCUUGCGAUUCCUCUAAUUGGUUGGUACUUCGCGAUCAACAUCGUCAUUGUGUCUCUGAGUAUUGGUCUGGCCGUGUUCACUCUGAAUAUUCAUCACAGAGAGACGAGAGGACACAGACCCCCACGGCUUGUGAAAACUGUGUGCUUUAAUAUUCUUGCAAGGAUCCUCUUCAUCAAAAUAGACCCACCAGAGUCUACAGAUGAGAACAUGGUCUUAAUCCCUGCUGAUGACGAGGCCAUGGAUGCAGACAAACCAGGACCCACCAUGACGGAGGGUCAGCCCGGUGGAGGGAAUAACGUGGUGGAUGUUCUCAACCGACUGCUCCACACGGUAGAAAAGGCCAUGGACCUACACAAGAGGAGAGGAUCACAUCACAAGACAGUCUUGCCGAGGCUACAUAUGAAUGGAAACAGCUGACCAUCGUUCUCGAACGCGCUCUGACGAUCAUAUUUCUCAUUGUCACACUUUGUACGACUUGUGUAAUGUUCUCAUAGACUCAAUGGUAGCCCAGUGGUUAAAGUGUUUGCUAGUCAGACAGUAGGUCUAGCUACUAUUUGUAUAAGGGUAUAACAAGAUUUUUCUGUAGAACCAAGCGGUAGCCUUGUGGUUUAAGCGUUCGCCCAUUAGCCUGCACGCCUUGCUUCUAUUACACGUAUGGAUAUUGCAUCUACUAUGAUCCUGUACUCUCUAGGACCCGAGGAUAGAUUAGCAGUUGAAGUGUUCGCUCAUCAGAAGGCAUGAUCCACAUAUGGAUAUUGUAUCUACUAUGAUCUUGUACU